AUGACAGCCCAAGAUAACCUCAUCUCUGAUGUUGCUGAGAAACCCAGUACCAUCCAAUCAGGUGAAGAUGACAGACAAGGGGCCCUCAAGAGGUUUAGUGCCAUGUGGCCCUCCCUCCGGAGAGGCAAAAGAGACAAAGUCAAAGAUCCUGAGCACAUAGAGCAGCUGAGCCCAUUGGUGGCAGAUGAAACAUCCCGGCAGCAUCGCUACGUCAGCGGUCAGUACUUCUUUGAAUAUCUGGUAGUGGUCAGCCUCAAGAAAACCAAGGACGGCAACAACUAUGAACCUCAGAUCACUUACCAGUUUCCCAAGAGAGAUGGGAUGGCGAAAUUUCAGAGGGAGGAAGAGGAAAAGACGUUAAAGGCACUCACCCUCUUUUGUUUCCCAGAGGGCAUCAACUGGGCUCCUUUGACAGAAUACCGCAGUGAGACCUUCUCUUUUGUUCUGACUGAGAUUGAUGGUAGCAGAAGAAAUGGUUACUGCAGGAGAUUGCUGCCUGGAGGGAAAGGAGCACGACCACCUGAGGCCUACUGUAUCAUAAGCACGCUGGCUUGUUUUGGCCUCUUUUCGAAGAUAUUUGAUGAGGUGGAGAAGCGUCGGCAGAUCUCCAUGGCCAUGAUCUACCCAUUCAUGCAGAAGCUGAGAGAGGCUCCAUUCCCAGCUCCGGGAAACACAGUGGAGAUUAAGAGCUUUAUUCCUGAGUCGGGCACUGAGAUCAUCAGUCUAACACGGCCGCUGGAUUCCUGGCUGGAACAUGUCAACUUUGCUACACUCUUCAACUGCUUGACAGACAAAGAGGUGUUGUUGGUGUUUGCAGCUGCUGUCCUGGAGAGACGGAUCAUUUUCAUCGCAGAUGAACUGGGGUAUAUUAUCCAAGUCAUUCAUGCAGUAGCAGCCCUCCUUUACCCUUUCACCUGGCAGCACACUUUCAUCUCCAUUGUUCCAAAAAUCCUGAUUGACGUCGUGAUGGCACCGACCCCCUACCUGCUGGGUGUCCAGAAGCACCUACUGGACCAGGUUACUGACCAAAGUGAUCUGCUGUUGGUGGAUUUGUCUGAGGAUAAAAAGGAGACAUUCAUUGUUUCAAUUGGCGAUGAAAGCUCUAUUUUGCCUCCAAAGCUCCAAAGUGAAAUACUGGAGGCACUUACGAACAGACAAAAAGCAUCAAUGGGGGAGGAGCUGAACAGGGUGGUGUCGGAAGCCUUUCUGCAUUUCUUUGUGAAGACGGUUGGCCAUUACGCCUCGUUUGUGAAAUACAGUGGUGCUGGAACGGGGCAUGUUGAACAAAGAAGUUUCUACAAGGCCAUCGAGUCCAAGACCACUCGACACUUCGUCAAGAAGUUCAUCAAGACGCAAAUGUUUGACCUGUUUAUCCAGGAGGUAGAGCAGCAGCCUGGAUCACAGCAAGGAGUAUUUCACCAAAAGAUCCUUGAAUAUCAGGAGAAGAAAAAAAGGGACAAGACAAAGAAACACUAGCUGGCAGGGCUCUGGGUGUACUUAGGAAAACAUGUGAAUGCUACUCUCUGUGUUUUAUGUGGUGUGUUAGUUUGGUUUUAAAUAAUUAUGUACCAAUGUGUCAAUUACUGUGUGGCUGUGUUAGUACUAUUCACAGGUGAAAUACUUUCAGAAGUAAAGAUUUCUGUUCCCUGUGCUUAUUGUCAGCCUGUGACCGCAAUCUACUGCAGAUGAGCAGGAAAAUAAUUUUAAAUAAAGACUAGUUUUUCAAGCUCUUCUA